AGGUGGGAGGCUCUAUGUGGGAGGUGCCACAGGGCAUAAGAGCAUGUUUGCUUGUAAGCAGUGGAUCAGAAGAAUUUUGUCUGCAGUGAGUUUUGUUGUAGGUGCUGUUUAAUUUACUGAAGAUGAAGCUGUUACUUGCUAUAUCUGUGUUUGUCAUCGCCCUCUCCGUGAUGAUUGAACCCACUUCAGCCGACUCAGACUCUCCGAGCAUCAAAGAUCGAUUUGAAUCCUUUGGUGCUUCAAUUUGGGAUGCCGCAGUUAAAGUUGGAGAAAAAACAAAGUCUGCAUUCAAAGGUCUGAGUGAAAGCGAACCUAUUACCAAGGCAAAAGGCUGGAUCAGUGACACAGUACAGAAAAUAAAGAACAAGGUAUCUUCUGAUUAGAUGAGCCACUGGAUCCUGCUUUUUGACACUGAAAUUCUUGCUCUGUAUCGCUUGUUAAAGAAGAAGAAAUCUUCCUGUUAUCACAAUGCAAUGAACCUUCACCCUAUGGGUAAUCAAUAAACAAGAUCCAUGUUA